AUGAAUGCGACGGGCAAGUUCAGCAGUAGCCUGCUGCAACAGAUAUGGCGGUGUGCGGAGCGUCCACAAACCCCGGUGUCGCUUAAGCAGAUGUGCCAAUUCGGACAGCGACCUAACCCUGGUGAACUGUUCAAAGCGUCCUGCUUUCUUCUAGAGGAACUGCAGGUGAGGUUGGCACACCGUAUCACCGAGAUGGACGAAUUUCCAUCCGGGCUAAAUAAGAUGGAGGAUGUUCUGCGGGUGCGCAAUUGGUACAUCAAGUCUUUCCAAGACCUGCAGGAGUUCGCGGGAAGCGUCGACACAAGGGAGGGACGGUUAUAUCAGAUGCUUUACGCCGGGAGGAAGCCAGAAGUGAUCGAGCGCGAGCCAUUGGCCCGGAUUCUGGAACUCCUUUACAGAGAUGAUGAGUUGCAGGAGGCACCGUAUGCUGAUGACGGCAGGGCUGCAGCGUGUGGGCUGGUGAGACCACCGGCCCAGUACUACUCACAGCUACCAGAGGAUCUUGUGAUGACAGGGCACGCAGAUAGGGAGGCAUUUUACAAGAUAUGGCCGCAAGAAAUCUUGCUUUUCAAUGAUAGUUACUACAAGAUGCUGAAACGGAUCAAAGUGCGACACGAUGCAACAGUGGUUACACUAGCUCGGGGACUGCUCCGAUGGAAACGAACGCAGAAAAAUAACGUUGUGGAUGCAUCUAUCAAGGGAUACCUCGAUAGGUUCUAUAUGGGGCGUAUCGGAAUUCGGAUGCUGAUUGGACAACAUCUUUCCUUGUUAGAGCAGGCUAUGCACUCAGAUUUGGCGUGCGAGCACGUGCCCGGUGCUGUGGGCUCUGACGCCGACUAUGUUGGUAUUGUUUGCACGAGGACCAAAGUUGCACAGGUCGCUGACAUUGCGAUCGAUCGCGCACGUCAUAUAUGUGCUGAAUACUACAAUCUGUACGAGGCUCCCAAAGUAGAGCUGCAUACGAUCCCAAUAAAACGCGAUGACUCAAGCGGACUGCGAGAAAUAGAAUUCACCUACGUGCCCUCCCACCUGGUGCAUAUGCUCUUUGAGGUGCUUAAAAAUGCGCUCCGCGCCACCGUGGAGAGUACGAUCCAGAAGAAUCCGGGCGUGACCGAUUACGAUUCUCUGAGGUUUCCGCCAGUGAAGGUCAUCAUCAGCGAGGGAACUGAGGAGCUGGCAGUCAAGAUCUCCGAUGAAGGCGGCGGAAUUGCGCGGUCGAACCUACCAUUGGUAUGGACAUAUUUAUACACCACCAUGACUGACGACGAGCAAGACAGUCUCAUUGAUGGGGAUUCCACACUAUCUGGCUCCUGUCCCCCAAUGGCCGGUUACGGAUACGGUCUGGCAUUGAGCAGGCUUUAUGCUAGACAUUUUGGGGGCGAUUUGCGGCUUCUCUCCAUGGAUGGAUACGGCACAGACGUAUACUUGCAUUUAAAUAGGCUAGAGUCCUGUAAGGAAUGUCUUACAUAG